UUUCUUUUCAUUAGGUUCUUCACUCUCAGUGGUUAGCAGAAAAGGUACUGCAGCCCUGGAUAAGUCGAGAUGGUAUUAUUCUAUCAGCCCACUGUUCUUGUACAGUUGGACUUGGAGAGUCCUGCACUCAUGUGGCAGCCACUUUAUUUAUGCUGGAAGCCAACACCAGACUAAAAGAGAUUAUGCUUCAAUAUGAGGCGAGUGAAGUCACUGGAGAUCAAAUGCCUGACCAGGUCAAUGUAACUUUUAGCACAGAAACAAAAUCUCUAACCAAACUUAAUCUCAGACGCUCGCGGCAUUUUGACCUCGAUAUUCCUUUGUAUACUUUGGACACCGACCAGGAAGGAAUUUUCCAUAGGCAUAAAGUGAAAACCAGACCCAAAAAGACGGUCGCUUCUUCAAGUUUUAUAGACAGGGACGCUAGUUACGAUGAGAUGAAUGCGGACACAGCGAUAGAUAAUCUACAAGCAUUUAACAUAGGCUCUGGGAGUAGCAUCGUUGGCAUUUAUGAUCACGUGAUGCUGUUAACAGGUUAUGACCUCUUUACAUUGGACAGUAACAAUGAUAAACAAAAUACCUUAGGGAUUGCUUUUGGUGAAACAAUGUGCCGAACAAACGGGAAGAGCUCUUCUGUAAUAGAAGAUCGCCAAGAAGAUCGCUAUUCUAUCUCUACUUCUCAAACGGUAGCACAUGAACUGGCACAUGGGCCUUGCAUCUAAGAAAGUUGCAGAAGAAAGUAUGGAAAAGGCUGCAAGGGAAGUGAAAGAAAAGGUUGGAAUCAGCAACGAAGAAGGCAUCACUGACUGCGGUGUGAGCGUUGAUGGGACAUGGCAGCGUCGAGGGCACUCGAGCCAUCAUGGCGUUGUUACAGCCAUAUCAAUAGAAACAGCCUCUCAGCACGUCACGACGGAGAAAACAAUCUCUGCAACGCUUCAGAGAGAUACAUUAUGGGUUCUCCUGAUGCGGAAAAAAAGCCUGGGACAGAGUAUAAUCCAUGGCUGUUCUCUCCCUGCAGUGUCAAUUACUUUACCAGCUUUUUGAAGAAAAAAUUGAGCUCCAGUCGAGGUUACACUUGUCUUGUCUACGCUGUCGAAGCAUCAGCAGAUAUUCCAGAUGUAUCUGAUAAAAUAUUGGGUCAGGUGAUCAAACCUGAUCAACAGUGUCAACAGUUUUUUGGAAAUGAUUCCUUCUUUUGCAGGGCUUCCGAAUCUAGACGCUCUAUCACUGAAAUCUGCCAAGCAAUGUUAUGUGCAGAUGUUUUAAGAGGGUUAUGUAUCCCGCAGAUAGCACUCAUUGGAACAUCUUGUGGCAAUGGAAAGGUCUGCAUAAAUGGACAAUGUGUCAGCGACCCAUACGCUCCUCAACUUGAUGAAAACUGUGCAUUUGGAGACAGACCGAGCUAUUCUUGCAGUUUGUUUAUCAAUGACUUUAUGGGCAACUGUUACUCUACUCUUGGCUAUCGAGCAUGUUGUGACACGUGUAACAAUGCGUCUAGGCCAGUGAAAGAUUGUGAACAAGGAGAUCAAGACUUGAGACCAGAACUGUGCACUAACAUUAGCGUCUGCCUGAUACAGCAGGCACAGUGCUGUCACUACUGCUCGUCAUAUUACACGUCUGCAACUACAAGUACCACGACAACGAGACCAUUGAUACCAUCCACUUCACCCAAAACUAAAUGUGAACCAGGAGAUCUAGACUUGAGGCCAGAACUGUGCACUAACACUAGUGUCUGCCAGACAAAGUCAUCACUAUGCUGUAACUUUUGCUCGUUACAUUACAAGUCUGCAAAUACAAGUACCACACAAUUAACGUCCCCCAACGAGUGUGUACUAGGAGAACCAGAUUUAAGUCCACAGCUGUGUACUAGCCGUAGUAUCUGCCAGACACAGCCAUUGAUGUGCUGUAAAUAUUGUUCUUCCCAAGACAAUUCUGCAAGCCAUCUCUCUUUAUACACUAUUUGGAUAUAUUGUUUUUGUAUUGUGUUCUUUCUUUAUAUUAAAACAAAUGUCUAUUAAGUAGAUAAAGUAUAAAUGUCUAUUAGGUAGCUAAAGUACAAGACUCUUAGGUAGAUAAAGUACUUACCCUUGUUCGGAAUUUUUUAAAAGUUUUUGUCUAUUUCUUAUCUUUAUACCAUUUUAAGCAUUGUUUACACAAGGAAAUCAAUUAUAAUGAAGCAAUCUAUCAAUCAUAACGAAGCAAUCGUUGGUGUACUGUGCAUGAAAUAAUAGACCUCUAAAACAUGUAACCAGGGCCGGCCUUAGAUAAUGAGCCUCCUUGUCCUUAUCAUUAUGAGGAACAUUUUGUACAUCCUCUUAUAAUUCUGGAUCUAGAGAUAAAGUAUGUUGCUUGUUUUUAUUUCUUUUAUUAAACAGUUUCAAGUUCUUUAUAUAAUG